GAUUUAAUUUUUAUUUUUUAUCAGAUUCAUGUGAAAAUAGUAUCCAUGGGGAUGAAAAUUGCACAGAUUUCUGUUCAUCAUGCAUCAAAACUUUAAUGGCUCAGACAUCGGGAUGUAAUAAUUCCUUACCACAUGCAGGGGUUACUACAGCACUCUGUAGUUGUCAUAAUAUCAGCGAGACAGAGAAAGACCAAGAUUUAAAUGUUAACAUAAGAUUAGGUUUUUGUACAAACUGUUCUCAAGGUCUUCAUUGUACAUACCUUAAAAAAGAAAACGCUUCAGAGACAAUGCUGAACUUCACACUCAAUUUUCAGGAAAUUUGUUCAGAAAUCUUCCAGAAUCAGUCUAUGGGGCCAACAGUAACUGAAUCUGUGAGAACUUCCAAUCAACCGACAACUCUAAAUCUGACUUCACAAGAAUUACCACAAUCAACGAUUCCAUCCAUGACCACGAAAUCGAACCCACCUCGUUCUUGGAUAAUGGCGAAUAGAUACUGCUGCAAUUCGUCACAAGUUCUUGUAUCAACAAAAGACGAUACUUGGUUGAAACAUUCGAACACAUCUAUGGUGGACGAUUCUACUGAAGUUUGGUUAGAUGAAGUUUUAUCUCUGGGACCCUGGGUUAUGCUUAAAUAUCUUAGAUCAGAAGAAUAUGAUUUUAAGAAUAUGACUGAUUCCACUUCGGAAAAGCUAAGAAAGGCUUAUCGGUGCACAGGCAAUUGUCAGAAUGAAAACUACUUUCAAGCAAACAUUUAUGAAAAGGAUGUGGAGUGUAGUUGUUUCAAUACUUUACCUGAAUUUCAGAAACAGGCUGGUUCUAUAAUUGUGGGACAAAAUAUAAACCAAAUUAUUACAAGGACCAAUGUAGCAAAUGAUAAUCUAACCAGCAUUGAAGGGGAUAUUUGUAUCGUCGCCCAUCUGAAUACAAAAGUCAGGCCAAUCACUUAUACACUGAGAGAGCAAAGGUGUAAUAAUACAUCCGGAAUACUCUGUCAAAAUAAACAAGGAACACAGAUCGAAUAUUAUUUUUCUGAAAAAGAUGUUACCUUCAUGGAUGGUGUUCUGUACUGUGAAAAUAAAUCUGCAGUUCCUUUUACACCUGUCACCUUCCAAUCACGUGCACUAGAAAACACAAAAUACUUUGCCAAAUACAUGGCAUCUAAUGUACAAGUGUGGACAGGAAUUUUCAAAAGAAAUACAUGGAUUCAAACAUUCUGUGAUUUUGAUUAUUCUCCGGAUUAUUGCAAAAUAAUAUCAAUGAAUGGGACUGUUAGGAAAGUAGAUUGUGGAGAAAGUCACACAACAGUUUGCUCAACUGGAAUGGAAACAACAUUUCAAUCAACUACAUCAGUUAUACCAACAACAGAAGCUGUUACAACACAAUUUACGUCAGAAGUUGUCACUACAGAAUCAACAAACUUCAACCAAGUAAGCAGUACUGAUAUUGAAAACAUUACCAUACCAGCAGUGACUAUAACAAGUGAAUCAUCACUGGAUCUAAGUACUGUUAUAAACACAACAGCAACAACGGGGACUUUCAUAGAAAUCAAAACAACCGAACUGAUUACAACUACGGAGGAUCCAAAUAAGAAAACAUGGUCUGAGUGGCAAGAGUCUUGUUGUAGUGACUCCAAGGUCUUAUACUAUGAAGGAAUGGAGACAGAAGAUGACCACUUCAAUUUAACUUCAGUGAUGAAAGAUCAGAAUUUGGAUGCAAUCUAUGUUAAUAGUAGAUUAGAUGUUGGGAACUGGAUAUUAUUUGUUGGUAUGUCUUUUUUCUCCAUCUUAGGAAGAUUUACAACUAACAACACGGUCGUUUCUUUGUCUGAUGACACUGAUAUUUAUGAGUGUGCUUCAAUGUGUAAACAUUGUUGGUAUUUUGGAUUAAAAAAGAGAAGCUGUUUAAACAUCAGUACCAUAUCAUACCUUGAUAAAGCUAUGGACAAUGAAGAGGAUAUAGAACUGUUUACAACUAAGGGAGUGGAGGUAAUAGAAGACGUUGUUCCCUCGAUUGGUGUGGAGGUUGUACAAAUUGAUUUAAAUACUGAUGUUUACCCAGUGGUCUAUACACUUACUGUACGGGAUUCAAGUGAUUCAGCAAAAGCAUUAUGCCAAACAGACGAUUCCGUAAACUUCACUAGCACAGGACCUAUGGAUUUCGAAACUUCAGAAGAAUUUUGUAACAACAAAAGCGCAAGGCUUGGUUUCUCCUUUUCUAGUUUCCAUAUUUACCAAAAUCGGCUAGGAACUGGAACAUACUGGACUUCUGUAACAAGAAGGAACCACUUAUUUAAUACAGAUUGUGGAAAUUCGAAAAUUGGUAGAUAUUGUACGAAAGUUUUACUGAGCGGAGAAAUGGUAACAACAGAUUGUACAGAAAAGUUAUAUUCCAUUUGUGUGAAAGAGAAGAAAACAACCACCAGCUCAACGACAACUACAACCACGAGCACCACCAGCUCUCCUACCACCACCACCACCACUGUACCUGACACCACCCAGACCAGUCUUAUAACUAUACCAACUAGGACAACACCGCGGCCUCAGGUGGACUACAUCCAUGAGGUGUUAUACGAUUUUGACAAAGAAGAGGCUGCACGUCAGUGUGAAGACAUGUGUGGACGUUUGUGGAGCUCGGAUUUGCUGGAUAUGGAUAUGGUGAAUGUGACUGAAAUCCUCGACAUGAAUAGACUGAACGAGACGUGGACAAACUAUCAGUUGUAUGUUAGUCCAUGGGUAGUGUCCAUAGGACUAACAUCAAAUAUCAACGCCUUUGUGCACAAUAUUACUAUGACCCAAGCUGAGCUAUACCACUGUGCAUCAAAAUGCCAAGCUUUUCCAAAAUUUGUAUUGCUGGCCGAUAUAUGUUAUUGUUUAUUAAGUGGAGCAAGCAUCGAGAGAUAUUACAACCUAACAACAGCAGUCGUUUAUGAUACAUUGCGAGAUUUCAGUAUGGAUGCAGAUGAGUUCACGGAGGCUGACAAACAAUGUAUUAUUGCUGUAAUGAAUUAUAAGAUAUUUCCAAUAACGUACACCUUACAACAGGCCCCGUGUGAUGGGACCUACUCUGUUAUUUGUCAGGAUAUCAAAGACCAGACCAUCAGAUACAGUUACAUCUAUCCUGAAAGGGGAACGUAUUCUGAAGCAGCAGGAGCAUGUCUCAAUUCGUCAAUGACAGUUUUCAACCCCUUCAGCUUCAAUCCAAGUCUUUUUGCGACUUUGUUAAAUUUAACUGCUGCGGUCACUGUUUGGACAGCUGUGACUAGGGAAUUCUACUGGUGGACAAGAAGAGAGGAGUUUGUUAAAAAUAAAAGACCAUAUUGCCAACUCCUUGGAAUCCACGGUACAUUAAGCAGUCAACCAUGUAGUUCUAAAAAAUCCUCUUUGUGUUUCAUUGAGAGAAAUAAAGAAAACGGAUGUUCUGCAGCAAAAUAG